CUGACAGGUAAAAAUGCCUGCAAGGGGAUAAAGACUUUGGUUGAUGUCUUGAAGUUUGAAGAUAUUUAAGGAGGGAGGAUUGUAGCGGUCUUUAAACCGGGUUUGAUCGCCGGUGGACAGAUAUCUUGUGACACAUACCGUGCCGAUAAAGUUUCUUCAAUCAGGGGAAGGAUCAGAAUAGAACAUUUACCCCGUAUUGCGCUGUGUGUCGCUGUCUAUAAUAACUGAAUGACGAUGUGAAGUUCUGUUGAGAUACAAAUGGAGUUUUAUCAUUUUGUUUCAUGGAUUUAUCUGAAUAAAUAGAAUCCAACAUUUUCGAAAAAACAAAAGCGAGAACCAGAAAAUCGUAUGUCGAAAUUUUCUGAUACAGAAAAGAAAGACAACGAGGAACUCCUGAAGCGUCUGCAGGAACGAAUCGGACACAGUCCCAGGCUGACCAUCGAACAGUUCGAAAAUUGGGCAGGAACAUGUAUUGCUGACGUAAUUUCAUGCUGGCCUACAUCAAAGGAGGAAAUACGAAAAGUUAUCACAGCUGCUAAAGAAGAGGGUGUGAAGAUACGUUGUGCUGGUUCGCGACAUAGCUGGGCACCAGUUUUCAGCGAUGACUGCCAGAUAUUGAUGCAGCUUGGUAAACUUCGCAGCGAUUAUGGACAUGGGGCCAAAAUUAGAAUAUCAAAUCGCUCUCGUAAUGAAGUCGAUGUAAUGGCGGGAGUGACAACGGGAGAGUUGAGAGAUUUUCAAGUAAAAAACAAACUUCAUCUUCCCGCUAAUGUCAUCAUUGAUACUGUCACUGUGGUUGGCGUUACGAGUGCUGGGUGUCACGGUUCGGGUCGGUAUGCCAAAAGUGUAAGUGACUACAUUGUGAAAAUGCGAGUGUUCGAUUGUGAUGGAGAGCUCCGGACCUAUACAGCAGAGGACCAGGCCAUGUUCAGAGCAGUGAUGGCGGGCUUUGGGUGCUUUGGGGUGGUGUACGACAUUACAUUCAAGAUGGAGCCCGAAAUUCUGGUAAAGACGGAAAACUUGUACUAUAACCUAGGAGAAGUUUUCUACAGUGUCGAGAAAAUAAAGUCAAUCGUGGAAAACAACUGGUCCGUCAAUAUUCUGUGGUUUCCGUACAACUCCCUAGGCAUCGGCGACUACAACCCCAAGAAUGAUGACUUGUGGGUACGCCUGACGAACAGAGCGCCCUCUGACGUGGAUUGCGAAGACUGGGACUUCUACACCUGGCGGGACACCAAGGACUACAUCACCCAGAGUUCCCUGUCCUCCAUUUUCUCUCUGUUAGCUGAAGAGCCAAGCCUUGUACCGUAUUACUCAUGGAGUGCGUUUAAAUGUUUGAAGUAUGUGUUGUAUCCUAGUGGCGAGCUCUACCAAGAGCACCCCCACGCUGUACAUUUCAGGAAACAUAUUGCCAUGGCCCCGGUUUACGACUUGGAGUUCAUUUUUGAUUACGAUGACGACUACGAAAAGCUACUACAGAUUAUAGACGUAGUGGUGAAGAGGGUGGACCAUUACGAGGAAAAAGACGAGUACCCGCUAACCAACGUGGAGAUCCGCUUUAUGUCUUACAGUGAUGCGUACUUGGGGUCUGGAGUCCUCGCCAAUCCUGCAACCGGGGGUUCCGGUCACGUGAUUUGUAUAGAAAUCAUCGGUUGCCCCGGGUCAAAGGGGUGGGAGAAAUUCAGCACAGAGAUUGGGGAGGAGUGGAUGGCCCUAGGAGGGGUGCCCCACCUGGCCAAACAAUGGUGUGAACUGCCUGGGAUCUACAAGCAUAUCCAGGAAAAAAUGAAUGGGUGUUUUAAAUCCUUCAAGACACAACUACAGAAAUCUGGCGCGGAUCCCAGUGGCAUGUUUCUGAAUGAAGAUAUGAAAAAACUCCUGGCCAUGUGAGAAUCUGGACGUCCUCAUUUUCUUUCUUUUAUGAAAUAUUUAUCUUUAAUAAACAUGUUUUUAAUCUCACAUA